AUGCACGUGAUUCGCGUACUAUUAGUUUUGUCCCUGACUACGGUAACCAAUGUGUACACGGUGCAGGUGUGCGGCAAGGCGCUGGCAGACGUCAUUGACCUCGUCUGCUCUGGCCGGGGUUUCUACACAUUCAAUCAAAGAGGUGUGCCAUCUAUCAAGAAGCGUGCCGCCCUUCAGUUCCUUAAGAAGCGUAGCGGUCCCACCCCUCUCGGCCACCAGGGGAUCGUGACGGAGUGCUGCUUCAACGCCUGCAGCUUCGAGCACAUCGAGAACUACUGCGCGGCCCCGCCUGGACACGAGACAGCAAACCCUACACACGCCCCUCUGAGCCAGCACAUGGCAGAGGCUUUCUUCGAGAGUGAGGCAGUGAACAGCCUUGGUGACCUGUAUGCCCAAGGUGAUGUGCCACCUUCAUCUGCUGCAACACACUCUACACCGCGGCCAGCUGCUGACACAUCGGACCUCGAAGAUUUAAAUCCUAUUACCGCGACCUUCCGAUGGCCAAUUAGUGCCCCUACAGCCACUGGGCGGCGCGCCAGUUUGCUUACACCACCAAUAAUAAAUAGAAAUCCUAAUUUACGUUCGAGAUUUUUCUUUGUUCGGCACAUGAAUUUGCAACCAACAAGAGCGCCCGUGAUAUCUUAGGUACACCUUAACGUUUCUAGAAUAUUCAAUAUAUUUCAGUAUAUUCGUUUAAAUGCAAAAUUGAUGAUACAAUGAUGCAUUAAAUAACGUUUUCUGCGUGAUUAGUUCUUAUUGAUGUGUUGAAACAAACUGCAACACAGAGUUUAAUUAUA